UUCAUCAUCCAGGCAACUUCCUCCCAGUUUGAUCCCUCGGCCAGCUCCGGAAGUCACUGUCACCGGCACUGUCCCAGCUGCUCACCUCGCCUGCGUCGCUGGCCUCGUCCGUGUCGGUGUGGCCGUUCAGAAGGCACAUAGAGGAAGUUUCUCCUUCCUUCUCUUUCUCUGUAAUCGAAGGAAGUUCCGCCGUCGCCGACAUCGUUACUCCAUUCGACCUCUCCUCCUGCAUCGCUACUCCGUUCAACUCCUGAUUGGCUUUCAUAAGGGUUCUUCCGUACCAAAUAAAGUCAGUGGAACCGGCAAUAUCCUGAAUAUUUUCAAAAUCAGUUGCUUCUCAUUGUGGCACAGCAGCAGAAUAGUUGUGGCUGAAUUCUCAGUAUGGCAGAUUCUGAUGAAGUGGCAAAAUCUGCUGAAAACCAGCAAACAGAGCAAGUGUGCAGCUUCUUCAGGAAACCAAUCAAUAAGAAGAAUAUAAGGAAACGUGCUAUUGAUAGUGAAGAUGAGGGCGAUGAUUCAAAAAAUGAAAACUCUUUGUUGCAUGCUCAGAAGAAGGCUCCGAAGCCUGACAAUAAGUUGUACUUUUCAACUGGCCCCUCGAAAAGCUCUGUGUCUACUGACCCAAGUGAAGAAUCUGAAAAAACCGGUUUUCAUUUCGAGUCUUCGAAAGAGAUUCAAGUUCAACAUGAUAGCAAAGCAACAGCAACUCUAGAGACAGAGACUGACUUUUCCAGAGAUGCUCGUGCGAUCCGUGAACGAGCUCUUAAGCAAGCAGAAGAGAGUUUGAAGGGGAAAGGCACAAGUUCUGAGGAUGGCAAACUAUAUAAGGGAAUGAACAGUUACAAAGAUUACAAGGCCGGCUUCCGGAGAGAGCAAACAAUUGCUAGCGAAAAGGCUGGUGGUUCACAUGGUCCUCUCAGGGCUUCGGCUCAUAUAAGAGUUUCAGCGAGAUUCGAUUAUCAGCCUGAUAUAUGUAAGGAUUACAAGGAGACUGGUUACUGUGGGUAUGGUGAUUCCUGUAAGUUUAUGCAUGAUCGAGGGGAUUACAAGUCUGGAUGGCAGUUGGAGAAGGAAUGGGAUGAAGCUGAGAAGGCAAGGAGGAUGAGAUUGGCUGCGGGUGAAGAUGCGGACGAGGAAAGUGCUGAUAUAUCUGAUAGUGACGAUGAAGAUGCAUUGCCAUUUGCAUGUUUUAUUUGUAGGAAGCCUUUUGCGGAUCCUGUUGUAACCAAGUGCAAGCACUACUUCUGUGAGCAUUGCGCCUUAAAGCAUCAUGCAAAGAACAAGAAGUGUUUUGUGUGCAACCAACCAACUCUCGGCAUUUUCAAUGUUGCCCAUGAGAUACGAAAGAAGAUGGCUGAGGAUAAAGAUAAAUGAUUCCCUCUUUACAUAAGGCAUGAUUAAGAGCAACACUGUGUAAUGAUUUGAAAACAGCAUAGGGAUUAGGCAUGUUGUAUUUCGUUGUCUGAAUAAAUCGUUAGAAUGUAGAGGAGUCACGUGUUUUUGCUUCAAGAGACAUUGAUUCUACAUGAUGGAGUUCUUGCAAUGUAUCUGUACUAAAUUUUGAAUAGAUCAACGUGUAGGGGGUUGUCUUGUGAGUUAGAA